GAGGAAGUGGCGUUCUGCAUCGUAUUUGUUAAGUGGGAUUCAAACAUAUAAAAUAAUCAAGAGGUUUUAACGGUGUAGUAUACCAAAAGAUAUCGGGUUUUGCUUGUUCGUAGCAGGCUGCGUAGCUAACGUUAGAUGACUUCCGUCAGUGUGUCCUGUAUAGACGCGUACGCAACAUAUUGGCAGAUUUAGAACCAGACUAUUAAAUGAAGUAUACGCCAGCAGCUAAACCACCGAUGCUGAUGAAAAAGAGAAGUCAUACGUGUUUGAUAGCUUCCAGUAUGGCGUCUUUAGUAUUGCUCAUGAUGGUGCUUUACGGUACCAUGAGCAGUCAGCAACCGGGCGGCUCCAGCCUCAGACACGACUACCAGCUGCUGGGCAGACCCCUGUACAAGCUAGAUCUGAGCUGGCCCAAGAACCCGGAACUCUUCACUGGAGAGGUGUUUGGAGUAGCAGUCAACCAGUAUGCUGGUGUGGUGUAUGUGGCUCAGAGAGGUGACAAUGUUCCCAAGGUGCUGGUGUUCACUACAGAUGGAGAUUUCCUCAUGUCCUGGAACACAACCACUCUGGAGAUGCCUCAUGGAAUAUUUUUAGCAGAUGCAGCUUCAUCAAACCCCACUGUGUGGAUCACAGAUGUAGGCAAUGGCCCGUAUGGUCAUUGCAUCAAACAGUACUCACCAUCAGGGAAGAUGCUACAGGUGCUUGGAACGCCAGGGAAAGCAGGUUCUGGAUUGGAUCCCCUACAAUUUGAUCAGCCAGCUGAGAUCUUUGUCCACAACUCUGGGGAAAUUUACAUCGUGGAUGGUGAUGGGGGGAUGAACAACCGCCUCAUUAAGCUGUCCAAAGAGCUGCAGGUAAUGUGGAUGCAUGGAGAGAAAGGACAAGGGCUAGCUCAGUUCUACAUCCCCCACAGCGUGACCGUGGACACAGCUCAGAGGGUCUGGGUGGCUGACAGAGGCAACAAGAGGAUCCAGGUUUUUAAUUCUGUCACUGGGGACUGGCUGGGAACAUGGGGAAGCUGCUUCACUGAGGAUGCACCUUAUUCUGUUCGGCUUACCCCAGACAAGAAAUACUUUGUUGUCAUCCAGCUCAACACCAAUCAGAUUUCGCUGCUGGAUGCACCACCUGUAGGUGUGAUUGGCCAAUGCAGAGUAGUCAGUGUGAUUCAGCUGGCUGACGAUGUGAAGCCGCACUUGGUAGACCUAGACCUGAAGACUGGGGCUCUGUACGUGGCUGAGAUUGGCGCCCAACAAGCCCAGAAGUUCACCCCCUUUAGUCUGGGUGGAAAAUUGCUGUAGUGCCACACUGGGCUUUCACUGAAGAAUUGAAACAACAUGAUUGAUCAGAAACUGUGUAAUAUUGUAAUAUUUAUACUAUGAUGUAAUAUUUAUGAUGCACAGCAUCAUAAACUUUACUCCUUACAUAAAAUGUACUAGAAUGUUCACAAACAGGAUAUUUGUCCCUUUUAAUUAGCUGACCUGAAUCAUAACCUUAAAGGGGACCUGUCAUGUGCUUUUUCAACUCUUUUUUUUCUUUCUGGGACUCCACUAAUGUAGCUUUACAUGAUUCACAAUUAACCCUCUGAGGUUUAAGUGUAAUCUGACAGUCCACACUCUAACCCUAAUUCUAACCCUAGACAAUUAGAACAUGCAAUGUUUGUUUUUUCUAAUAAAUAUUCUUGGCAGUCAUUGCAUCAGGGAAAGUAACACACCGAAAACUAUUUACUAAAACUAACUUGAAAAGGAAAAAUAAGUUUUGCCUUUCUCUAGAAUAUAGGGUUAAGAUUAAGGUCAUCUCCAGUGAUUGCUUAGAGCCUUAAAGGAACUUGUGUAUGUUAUAAUGGUCCUUUAUUCAGUCCCUCAGUUCGUCCUCUGUUCUAGCUCCCAUCUCUUUUUGUUCCUAAAUACACACUAUCAUCUGAUUGGGGUGCUUUGAGAAAGCUAUUACUUGUUAGCAUCUAGCACUUAGACCUCAGAGGGUUGAAGUAAACUUUAAAGCUAAAAAGUAACAUAAUUUUACAGACUGAGCUUUUUGCCCAGUGGGAUUAAUUUUACAUAUGUUUACCUCCUUAUUUGAAACUUGGUCAUUUUAAAUAUGAACAACAAAUACUUCAGCAUUAUAGGUAUGCAUGACAGAAAAUAAGGAAUGGCUGAAUAGGUCAAUUCAAAUUAUAACAUACUUUUAAAAAAUGAGACUGCAUAUGAGUUACUUUAAAGUAGUAGGAGAUAAACAGUCUCUUCGAGUCAGGGCUACUUUGAGGUGAGCAUGUACUCCUUUAAAACUUUCAUAAUAUUCAGUGGAAUUCAACAUUGGGACAUCUGUAAAUAUUUCUCAAAAUUCAAACUUAAUUAACGAGUUUUAGUCACAAAUAAUAUGCAGAUAAAAGAAAAGCAGGUUUACUUACACUAGAGAAGGUACCAUGUGUAUUGCUGAGAGUCAUCACUGGAAAUUAUUUCAGGGUUUAUAGUUUUUUCUCCCGUUUUUUUAUUGUUAUGUGCCAUUUGUAAUUUUUCUGAUGUUUCAGUGCUUGAACAGAUCAGAGCCUCUCUGACAAAGAAGUGUUUUCCUUCUUUACUGCAGACACUUUAAGUUGUUUGUGCUUUUUGCCUUUUACCAGAGUGUAGCAAAAGGCUGGAACUGAGCCAUUUUGCAUGAUGUAUCUUUGAAAAAUGUGACAGAAUCCAAUUGUAAAUAAAUUUAUGAGUGAUU